GCUUAAAAGCUCUCAGUAAUUAUAUGGCGGUUACUCCUUAAGAACCUGGCAGUGCCCAUAGUAAACUUCUAUGAGGAGCCAGACACAGACACACAGUGGUUGAUGGAUUUGCUUGACAUAUUCUCGCCAUUUUUCCCACACCUCAUGUAUUCAUCUAUUUACCUGAGGCUAUUGGAAGCGUAGUUCACUUGGUUUCUUAUAUAGUAAAAUCCAUUUUUUUCCCCCGACCCUGUAACAUAUUGUAAAUUUUAUCUGAGUUGUCUACCGGUGAAUGUGUCUUAUAGUCCCAAGAGGUCUAGGAGGGACGAGAAGCUAGAGACAGAGAAAGUGUUUAGCGAACCUAAUCCUGAAAGUGGAGAUUUGACGCAUCAUUCUGAAAGCGGUCAUGUCAAGACGCAAGAUGCAGAAGUACCUCUUGUUUCUGAACCAGGCCCUGAUUCUAAGUUGGAAUCUGCUGAUGAUAAGAAAGAACUUGAAAAGAAACCCAAUGAGCAGCAUCAUGCAGAUGUUACCCCAAGUACCAAUUCAAAGGAAGUGCCUCGAUCUCGAACUUAUUUCCAGGUUCACCUGAAUGUCUCUUCUCUUGGUCUUCUGGAUUCUAUUGGAAUUGGUUGAUUUUACAUGUUUUUUUGGUUAUCCUAACCUUUUGCUGUAUAUCCAACCUGUCCAUAAAGUUUAUAAGUUACUUCCCUGUGAAAGUCUUGCCUGAAUAUAUAGUAUUUGACCAACUCUGCUGGUUGAUUUUUAUUACAUAUUGGCUGCAGAGUGUUUAUUUAGCUGUUAGUUUGGUGCUACUUACUUCCAUAAAGAUAUAUAAGUUUCUCUCUCUGGAGAGUAUUCCUUGGUAUCCCAUGAUUGGGAGAGUAAGCAUAUGUUUUCUGUGUCUGUUUAUUGCCUCAACUUGGCUGCAUGCAUGAUAUAAACACAGUGGACUCUGCUAAUGAGAAUUAAAGAAUUGUAUCAAGGCACAAAUAUCUGGUUUGUAAACUCUACUUGUAAUAACGGUUGUUUCUCAUUAUGGUUAUCCUUUUCGCCUGGGUAUUUGAAGUUUGAGGAGUCAUUAUACUAUGAAGCUAGCAGUAGAUAGUUGCAAGUAAUUGCUCAGGUUUGGGCCACAAAAUUUUUCUCUGAGUGGCUUUGCAGCUCUAACUUGCCUUUUGAGCAGUUGAUAAAUAAAGUACCUUUUGAAAAAUAAUCAAACUCAAUAUGUCUUUGGGUUUUCCUCUGAGGAUUCUGUGGUUCCAGAAGAGAGGUUCUUUAAUUAUCGUUUUAUUUCAACUUAUUAAAAAAAGUCUUCAUCUAAAAUCAAAUGAGAUUGGAUCUUCCAUGAUCAGAGACUAUUUGUUAAUCAUGUGGAGUUGAAGCAGGUCGUGUAAAAUAUUUCCCAGCGCUCCAAAUUGGUCAUUUGAUUAUUGUUAUGCUAAAUACUAUUGUUAUUAUUCAGUGUAAACAGACAUUUUUUGGGCUGAUUCAGCAGGAUUGUUGUUCGUCCCAUGCCUUCCAAAGCUCCAUCCAUGUAUAUAACAAUCUUAGGCUUGACUGUGGAUGUCUUUUAAAAGCAGGAUGACCGACGUAAUGCUGGGCAAGCUGGCCGAGGCGUUGUUCGUAGAUCCUCCACUGGUGAGUUUGCUCUAGCAAUUUCUUUCUCCAUUGGGUUAACUGAUGAUGUGUAUCUUCUGAGAAUAAACGCAGCUAUAUGGUCUGAAUAUAAUGGAAAUCAGAAUGUUUAAAUUUUGUUACACAGGUCUAUGGUUAGUGGAAGAUUGGCAUUCUGUUUGAACUUCAAGUGCUUUUUUGGCGUACAUACUGUAUAUUUUGGUCGUACACAGUAUCAAAGAGGUUUUAAAAGAACAUAUAUGUUGUGGAAUUUUCCUUGAAUCUGAUGUCCGAUUCUCGUAUGUAACCUUGUUUCAGAUUGUUACUACACUCCUCCAAGUAGUUGAAUGUUAAUGGAUCAUGACUUGGUUGCAGGAUGAUAGUAUCCUGUUUUUGCUGCUUAAAUUUUCAAGUAAGAAUCUAAUAAGUUCACGUUGUUGCUUUUUUUAGAGCAAGAACGGAGAGAUCCGAAGGACGACAAAAAUGAAAGGGACACAAACAGGUCAACAACUAAUGAUCGAGACCGGAAAUCAGGAGGUGCCAAGGAUGACGACAACACCUCCUUGCACCAUGAUCGUCUCUUUAAAAUGGAGGAUGAGGCACGCCCAGCUCAUAUGAGAAGACAACGACCUGCAUUUAGGGAGAAGAAGACACCAGCUGGCUCCGACAAUCUAGCAGUGGUUCCCAUGCACUCAAGCCAGAUAGAUCGUCGUCCUGUGUCAGGUUUGGAGAAAAGGGACCGCCAUGUAGUCGACAGAUCAGAGAGGGCAGUAGCUGGAGGACAUAGGAGGGGUCUCCCUCUGUCGAGAGACCGGCCUGGUGGUUUUAGAAUCAACAAUUACAACAAGGGAAGAGAGCAGUUCAAUGCAAGACAAAGCAGCCAUCCGAAUCAGGGUAGUGGAACACGCGUGGAGAAAUGGAAGCAUGAUCUUUUCGACGAGGCUGCUUCUAAAAGCCCUACCUCAAAGAACGACGACGAACAUAUUGCAAGAGUGGAAGAACUGUUAGCUUCAUAGAACUGGAAAGGACUCUGGGAAAGUCAGUUCGCUGUUAGGAUCUUGGUCUAGUUUGUUGUUCUGCGUUAAUAAGUAUAUUGUUCUCACCUUCCAAAACAUUUGUUAUACUUUGCGACUGGUUUAGCUUUGGAACCCUUGAUCUGAUAUCGGUUGUGGCCUUACAUCUAAUGUUUUGAGCGAUUCUUCCAACUUGCGGCGCCUCUAAGUUCAACAACAUUGCUUGUUGAUUUCUCUGGCCAGACUCCAAGAUAGUAAACUUGUGGCUAGUUGUUUGUAUCAACGAGCUUAUCGAGGGAGUCAAUUUGCUUGGAAGCCAUAGUGACCAAUUGUUCGACAAUAUCUUCGAGCCUUGUCAUUCGUCCCUCAAGUUGCUAUGUUUUUUUUUUUAUAAUGGUGAAUUUAUUAGAAAUAAACUGAAAGUCACGCCAGACAGCAAAGGCCAGCACAAGGUGUGCGCCUCAGAAGGAAGAACCAGAAAAAAAAAGUUGCCAUAACAAAUGUAGGAUAAAAUUCCGGCUAAAUACAAUUUAAUAUCCAAACCUUUCAUUUUAAACAAUAUAAUAGCCAAACCUUUUCGAAAACAAUCUAAUAUCCAAAUCGUCAACUUUUCGUUCGUUUGACCGUCAGUUGACACUUCAAAAAAGCUUUGUUUAGGUAAAAUUGUCACAAUACAACUUUGUUUCUUGUUUUGGCAUUGCAGAUGACUGAAUAUUUAGAUAUUCUAUACCAUCAUGGUGGAGUCAUGGACUUCUCCGGUUUGAAACUACGAUAUAUUGGUGGUUUUUCAGAGAAGAUAUCGAUGGAUAUUGAUGAAGUGUCGUACUUCGAACUUUUUUGAAGUGUCAACUAACGGUCAAACAGACAGAAAGUUGACGAUUUGGAUAUUAGAUUGUUUUCGAAAAGUUUUGGCUAUUAUAUUGUUUAAAAUAAAAGAUUUGGAUAUUAAAUUGUAUUUACCCUAAAAUUCCCAAUGUGAGAGGCAAUAAUUCAUUGCACCAUGGGAGAUGAUGUUUAAUUGAUUGUCUGUUCGCGAUUGUAAGAUGUUGUUUACUCUAAUAAAAUUCCCUAUCAAAUGGAAUCUCACCUUAAUAACGUGCUUAAAGGGCACAAAUAAAACUUCCGUCACUUCAUCCUGCAUUGGCCCUCCUCAUGUAUCGAGGAAGAAGAGCUGAAACAAGCAUUUAUGCAAAAAAUAAGAAGAAAAAAAAUUGACAAAAAAAUGUUCUUUCUCGAUCAUGGAUAAUAAGAAAACAUUAUCUAAUUAUACUAAAUAGGAUAAGUUGGAAAGCACGAAAAAAGAAGAGAGAACAAAGCUCAUUGCUCAAUCAUGGGUUGUAAGAAAAUAUACACAUUUUUAUUUCUGAACUAAACUAAUAAGUCCAAAGCUUUCCACCGACUUUGAGAAGAUUAUGAAUUGGGAAGUUAGAGUAUAGGCUGAAAAUUAGCUAUAUAGUUUGGCUCAUUCGAGCACCAUUAGGCACAAAUCCUUAGAAACAAAAAGUCCAAAAGGUUGGCUAAAGUAAUAAUAUAAUCUCUGUUCAAGUUGAUUAAGAAACAUUACAAGAGUAACUAACCCCAGUAGAUUAUUCAUAAAUUAGGUGCCAGUAUUUAACGAAAUAAACGGCGUCACCAUAUUUGGUCUUUCUGUGCAUGCAUGUGUAUUUCCAUUUCUUCUUAAUUCGUUUCCACCUUUGAAGGUUACUUCAAAUAUUCAAAAAAAAAAAAAAAAAACAGAUGAAGUUUGAAUUUUAGGGAUUCAAAUUUUCUUAGCCAACAUGUGCAAAUGUAUCUUACUUUGAAAGUAAAUUUAAAGGGUAUGACAAUAUCCUGAGGAAGAAGAUGAUAUCUAAAUUGCCAACUAAUUAAUGGAUUGUCCUAAGCUUUACAAUUUGAAUUCUGACCCCUAACCCUAACUCACAAAUCGUAACCCUAAAUCCUAAACCUAAGAGCCUAAAUCCUUCGGAUCAAAGUAAAUAUUGAAUGAUUUU